GAUCAAGUCCGCACCCCAGGCAUAUGUCCUGACUGGGAAUUGAACUGUGACCUCCUGGUUCAUAGGUCGACACUCAACCACGGAGCCACGCUGGCUGGGCUAGAACAGGCUUUCUUAUCCCAGGGGUCUGUAGAUUUGCCUAAGGGAAUUACCUGCACAGUAUUGUGCAAGUGUAUGCAUUUUUCUGGGGGAGGAUACACGGCUUUCAGAAAUCCUUAAAGGUCCCCAUGAGCUGAACAAAGGUAGCAGCCAGUUUCUUAAGGGCCUGUCAGGCUUGGCCUCAGAUUCCCCCUUCCCAACCCAUCUCGUUCUUUCUGUGGGUUUGCGUAGAUAGCUGUGAGCCGGGCUGGGAAUUCUUGUCUUUUCAGGAACUGGCUACUGGAUGACCAAAUAGAAAAAGGAGGAGCUGUCUGUCAGGUGGCCCGUGGAGGACCCCACCACCAUCCAGGUCCUGAGACGCAGUGACCCCCGCCCGUCUGCCACCAUUCCCCAGAAUGGACCGUGGCGGCCUCCUGCCCUUCCAGCUGUGGUGCCCCCGGCCCUUUGGCACCUACUCACAGAACCAGCCGCGCCCACCUUCCACAGCCCUCAAGCCGUCAGCCUGUUCUGAGUCCGGCAGCAGGGCUGAGCCAGACCAUGGGCCUGCCCACUCAGAGAACACGCCACCCGCCUUGGCCACGGAGGCCCCUUCCUCCCAGCCUGCCCCUCUCCUCUCAGCAGCCGCUGCUGGUGACGAGGGUCGAGUCCUGCUGGACACGUGGUAUGUGAUCAAGCCUGGGAAUACAAAGGAGAAGGUGGCCUUCUUUGUGGCCCACCAGUGUGGUGGCGGCAGCCGGGCCAGCUCCAUGAAGGUCAAGGGGCACUGGGGCAGUGACAGCUCCAAGGCCAAGCGGAGGAGGCGCUGUCUUGAGCCUACGAAAGCUCCGCCGGACCCUGGGGGCCGGGAGGGGCCCCCUGCUGCUCAGGGGACCCCAGCCGCAGCCAGUGAGGAUGUGGACCUGCUCUCUGUGGCUGAAAUGGUGGCCCUGGUGGAACAGCGGGCUGCCCUGGCUUUGCAGAACUAUCCCCACCCCGGCACCCCAGCGCCUGUGGUCUUUGUGUCGGCAGAGCAGGGUGGUUCUGCCAAGGGGCUGGGGUCUGAACGGCGGUCUGGUGGCGGGGACUGCAGCCGUGUGGCUGAGGCGGUGGCUCAUUUCGAGGCCCAGCGGGACAACCCUCCAGCCAAGGGCCUCCGCAAGGAGGAGAGGCCUGGGCCAGGCCCCGGGGAGGUACGCAUCGCCUUCCGGAUCUCCAAUGGCCGAGAGCCCCGUGCACCAGACGGCAGCUUGCCCAACGGGAGUGGGGGCCGGCCAGGCUGUGCCUACCCGGGCAGCCCAGGACCAGGGGCCCGAGCCAAGGACAAGAUCACCUGUGACCUGUACCAGCUCAUCAGUCCCUCUCGGGACGCCCUCCCUAGCAACGUGGAGUUCCUUCUGGCCAGGGCGGACGAAGCCAGCGAGGGGGAGGCCCCAGCCCCUGCCAGGCCCGAGGACACUCCCCCGGCACCCCCUCUACCCCCUGCCCGGGACUGCGGAGCAUCCGGCUUCCACGUGGAUGUGGUGGUGACAGGCGUGGUGGACGAGUGCAUCUUUUUUGGCAAGGAUGGUACCAAGAAUGUGAAGGAGGAGACAGUGUGCCUGACGGUCAGUCCUGAGGAGCCACCCCCACCUGGCCAGCUCUUCUUCCUCCAGUCCCGGGGGCCGGACGGGCCUCCCGAGCCACCCCCAGCAGACUCGCCGGCCACUGCACCAGGCCCAGAUGACGCUGAGGGCACAGCAGACACCUCCCUGUGCCGCCUGUACCGGCACGUGUCACACGACUUCCUGGAAAUCCGCUUCAAGAUCCAGAGGCUGCUGGAGCCGCGGCAGUACAUGCUUCUGCUUCCCGAGCACGUGCUGGUCAAGAUCUUCAGCUUCCUGCCCACCCGGGCCCUGGCCGCCCUCAAGUGCACCUGCCACCACUUCAAGGGCAUCAUCGAAGCGUUCGGUGUUCGGGCCACAGACUCGCGCUGGAGCCGAGACCCCCUCUACCGCGACGACCCUUGUAAGCAGUGCCGCAAGAGAUACGAGAAGGGCGACGUGUCCCUCUGCCGCUGGCACCCUAAGCCCUACCACCACGACCUGCCUUACGGACGCUCCUACUGGAUGUGCUGCCGCCGAGCCGAUCGAGAGACGCCUGGCUGCCGCCUGGGUCUGCACGAUAACAACUGGGUGCUGCCCUGCAAUGGGCCUGGUGGGGGCGGGGGCCGGGCUGGCCGGGAGGAGGGGAGGUGAAGCCAGGGGAGGGCGGGAGCCCACCAUGCCCGCCCCUCUCCGUGGGUGCCGAGCGCCAGGACUUGGUCACCAGACCUACCCCCAGUCCGGGCAGUGUUCAUCCCCCUCCAGGCUGAGCUGGGGCUCAGGGGGAUGACCGAAGAAAGCACUCUGACUGACUGACCCCUGUUGGUUUUCUAUUCUGGAGACCCAGGGCCAGGGGCCCUCGUGGAGGGUGAUUUUUAUAGCAUCUCAAGUUUCUUCUCCAUUCAGCCCUAGCACCCUUCCUGCCACUCGACACCCCAGGGAGCCACCAGCAGGGAGCAGACGGCAGCUAAUUUUGGUACUACUUAAGGGUUCCCCCGUCCUGGCCCCUUCUGCUCCCCCCUAGCCAUCCCCAUUCUCUGCUCUGGAGCUGUGUUCUCUCUCCCAAGAGGCUGCAGCACCCAAGGCCGGUACCUCUCCUAACCUGUGCCAGGGCCUACCUCCUCUUCAGGAAUUGGGGGCCAGGAUCACGGAACAAAUUAGGUACGUUUCAUGGCAACCUGCCAUUUCUACAUGUUUUCCCCAUUAAAACAAUAAAAAUCAGUUUUCUCCUUAACCUCAAGCUACUAGUCUCUCCACUUCCCCCAAAGGGGAAGAAAAAAGAAAGCUGAACUAUAAAAAUUUCCCUCCUCCCAUUAUUUAAGCUAUUUACCAUCACCACCGCUUAAAAAAAAAAAAAAAGCUGUGAAGCCCUUUGCCUCGCUCUGGACGGCGUGGGGGGCCAGUGGGCAGGGACUGUGGGUUUGAAUUUGGUUGUUUUCCUUCUGCUCGGGAUACUUGUUCAGGCUUUAGGGUCUCCACCCUGAGCCACAGAUGUUUCUUUAGGAAAAGCCUUUGGUUAACUGAGACCUUGAUUUUUCAGGCAAUUGGGUCUGGGGUGUUUUUGUUUGUUCUGUUUGGGUUUUGUUUUUUUGUUGUUGUUCUUGUUUUUUCAUCCCUGUGGUUCUGGAAGCCUCUGGCGUGUGGCAUCUGACCAAUUUUGAAUUGGUCCUUUCUAUAAAAUCCAUAUUUAUAAGGCUGA